CCCACCAAUGUUUGCACCCGUCAUUGAAUGCCAUCCGCCAUAAUAGGUAUUCUUCCAUAUCACAUCUCGCGGACUUCACUAAGUAUAUUGCACAGCUAUACCACCGAGUGCCGUGCCACACUGAGAUAGAUUUCCGAGCAGAACCCCUAACCGACUUCGAUCGAUCACAACGUGGCAGCCUUCGCAUUUCAACACGCUCUUGGGCGUCUAGAAGAAGAGCGACAAGCUCGUUUAACGACCAUGGGCGAUUUACAAUUCGCCAAACAAUUCCUGACGUCUCUCGACAACAAACCUACAAAGUACCAGCCUGAUCAUGUCUUCGACCCCAAAACAUACCAGAUGCGAAUACCUUACACCCUCCCCAAACUAUCAAAUCCACCGCAUCCUGACCCGCCCAAGACGAAACCCCUCCAAGCACCAGCACCAGGCUCCCAGAGCGCCAGUCCCACAAUUACCCUGAGCUUGAAGUCUGCACGCAAUCCAAACAUGACAUUGACGCUACCCUCUGUAGAUCCCAACAGCACCACGAUUCAGGCUCUCAAGGAACAGACACAGUCACAUCUAGGCGGCUCGACGGUCGUACAAACCGACAAGAUCAAGAUUCUGUACAACAAGAAGCCCAUCCCACCGUCGAAGAAGACCGUCGCUGAUGCGCUGGAUGGGAAGAUUGCGUCUGGCGAUGUCGAAUUUGGGGUGAUGGUCAUGGGUGGCGCUCCUGAUCCGCCACCUCAGGCCCCGCCAGAGAUGGCAGCAGCACCGCCAUCCGAGAAAGCGGCUGUCGAGGCGGAAGGGAAGACAGCUGAAUCGACUACAUUGCAGGAUGUAGAGACGACGCACCCAGAGUCAGAACCAGUGCAACCAGGCGAGACGAGUGGAGAGAAGGUGCUGCACACAAGUGAAUUCUGGGAUGAUCUGCAAGGGUUCUUGGAGCAGAGAAUACGGGAUCAGGCUGAGGCGGUAAAGUUGAGAGGAGUGUUCGAAAACGCAUGGAGGAGCUCAACUUCUGCUCCUUGAUACGAAGACCUAUUCAUGAGCAGGAAUGACCGUUGUGUCAGUGGAUGGCUGAUAAAUGGCGUCGAAGCAGUGGGGCAUAUAGCGGGAAAGAAAAGGACCGCCUAUGCAUCCAGCAUAGCAGCGAAACUCUCUGUGGCGACUCAGUCUAGCCAGACGAUACUGCAGAUGUUCUUACAACAUGCGCAUU